UUCAAUGGAAUAUAUGUUAUGUGUAUAUUAAGUAAUUUCCGUAGUAUAAGCGACCGACCAGAAGCAAAAAUGCCAUCAACCACAGAUGAUGUGCAGCGUCAUUCAGUGCAUACAUUGGUUUUCCGAUCCUUGAAGCGGACCCAUGAUAUGUUUCUUUGUGAUCAGGGAGCCUUACCUCCAAUUGAUGAAGCUUUAGAAAAACUCCGGAAGCUAGUGAAGUCUCGUGACCAGUACGGCCCCGUCCUCAAUUUGGUAAAACAGAAUAAGAGGAAAGCAGCAGCACAAGCAAUUUAUGAUGGGGAACCUGAAGAUAUCCCAGUGAGACCAAACAGUGUUUCAAAUGGUUCAGCAUCUGGACCCUUGGCUCUUCCACCACCAUCUGGACCUCAAGCCCCUCCUCCUCCUGCACCCUCACCACAAGGAAUGGCUGUCGUUCCUGUUGCUCCAAUUGCCAGUGCCAGUGUAGGACAGCAGUCACUUGUACCUCGCCGUGCCCCAACUUUACCAAGACCCAAGUGGCACCCACCUUGGAAACUUGCCCGUGUCAUAUCUGGUCACCUGGGUUGGGUGAGAUGUGUUGCCGUUGAACCAGCAAAUGAAUGGUUCGCCACAGGAUCUAAUGAUAGGGUGAUUAAAAUUUGGGACUUAGCAUCAGGUCAGCUGAAACUUUCACUGACCGGUCAUGUGUCUGCUGUACGAGGCCUGGCAGUCUCCCCUCGUCACCCUUACCUGUUUUCCUGUGGGGAGGAUAAGCAGGUUAAAUGUUGGGAUCUGGAAUACAACAAGGUCAUUAGACAUUAUCAUGGUCAUCUGAGUGCCUGUUAUGGGUUGGCAUUACAUCCCACAAUUGACGUCCUGGUAACUUGUGGGAGAGAUUCUACAGCACGUGUGUGGGACCUGAGGACCAAAGCAAACAUUCACACCUUGACUGGUCACACAAAUACUAUUGCAUCUGUUGUUUGUCAGGCAGCUGAGCCCCAGGUUGUGACUGGGUCUCAUGAUUUUACUAUACGUUUGUGGGAUUUGGCUGCUGGUAAGAGCACUUGUACUCUCACCCACCACAAGAAGAGUGUACGGUCUCUGGCCGUGCAUCCAGAACUGUACAUGUUUGCUUCUGGAGCACCUGACAAUAUUAAACAAUGGAAAUGUCCUGAAGGAAAAUUUGUGCAGAACCUGAUAGGUCACAAUGCCAUUGUCAACUGUCUCGCGAUGAACCGUGAAGGAGUGCUGGUGUCAGGGGCAGACAAUGGCACACUCUAUUUCUGGGACUGGCGUACAGGUUACAACUUCCAGAAACUCCAGGCGCCAGUACAACCAGGUUCAAUGGACAGUGAAGCAGGUGUGUUUGCCAUGACUUUUGAUCAGAGUGGCUCACGACUGAUCACCUGUGAUGCUGAUAAGACCAUCAAAAUUUACAAGGAAGAUGACACUGCUUCUGAAGAAACACAUCCAGUCAACUGGAGACCAGAAAUCUUGAAGAGACGAAAGUACUAGGUUGUGUAGUGAACCUGAAGAGGGAGACAAUUCCUGCACCAUGGAGAUUAGCAUUUUAAUGCUCUAUCACAGAAAAAUAUGUUUUAAUAAUUUUAUUGUUCUUCUGGGUUUUUUUAUAAAGAAAAUAAUGAAAUAUAAAUUUGCUGUAAUUAUGCUUUCAUCAGAAGCUUGUGGUUUGGGAACAUCAGCAAUUUUUUAAAUUCACGGACAAUGUAACAUGAUGUUUACCACAUUGGACUUGGAGAUACAAGAUUUUUAUGAGUGUUGUGACAUUUAGUCUCUCAAGAAUUUCUUCUUCUUUUUUGUAGCUGUAUGUAUAGUAGGCAUUGAUGAACCAUUCUUAUUAUGAUUCGUAUUGACUUGCUGAUUUAAUAGUUACUUUGAAACUACAGUACGUAGUAGUAUUUCUAGGUGAUUUCAAUAGUUUAAAGAUGUGUAGAAUUAUCGUACAACAAUAUGUUUUUAAAGAAACUUGUGAUCUGGA